AUGAAAAAAUGCCCCAUCCGCCUCACCACCGCCAUGCUGCGCGCGGUUGGGCGCGACGCGCAGGGGGCACCGUAUAUGCUGCUGCAGCUUGAGCGUCUCAUCCCCGUCUUCAUUCAGUACACGCCGCAGAUGAACGAGGACCCAAGCAAUGGCGAGCAUCAGGUCAUCAUCUUCCUUGAGCGCUGCAUCACAAAGUUCGACUGUGUGUCCACCGUCGUGCACAACUACUACCUCUGCCUCCUUGCGCACAACGACGGGGAGCGGCUUGAGGAGCUCCCCGAGUCCUUCUCNGGGGAGCGGCUUGAGGAGUUCCUCGAGUCGUCGCUGUUCUACACCGUCGACUUUGCGCUUCGGCGGUGCCUCGAGGCGCGCAGGUACCGGCAGUGCGUCGGUCUCUACCGACGUCUGCACCUCUACGAGGACGCUAUUCGCACCGCACUGGAGUGCUCGGAGCCGAGGCACCACAGCACGACCAUCUUCAGCGGCAGCAGCAACAAGAAUGGGGGGGAGGAGUGGCCCGCGCUGCGUGUAGUGAAAGAGAUGCUCAAGUCUCUCCCCGACAGCGUGGAGCCGGCAAAGCAGAAGAAGCUCUGGCUCAUCGCGGCGCAGUGUGUGAUGGAAAAGGAUAGCACACCUGCGGCGCUUGCUGUUGUGGAGGACUCUGGUGGCAUGCUGAAGCUGGAGGACAUACUUGGAGAUAUUGGCGACAGCAGCAUCAUUCAGAACUUUAAAGACGCAAUAUGUAAGAGUCUUGGCGCCUACACGACGUCCAUCGCGGCACUGAAGGAGCAGCAGCUUGAAGCGAGCCGCAUAUCGGAAAGUCUGAAGCAGGAGGUUUCGUACCUUCAGCACCGCUUCAGGUACGUCACGACCCGCCAGCGCUGUCUGUUGUGUCACCGCCCGCUGCUGCAGGGCUCGGCGCCGUACCUCAUAUACCCCAACUGCCGCCACGCCGUGCAUGAAGCGUGUGCGGUGGCGAAGUUGUCCGAGAUUGGUGGCCUGGAGGUGUUCGUCGCGGACGAGGGUCUGCCGCGUCAGUUCCUCGAGGGCAUCACGUCUACGAACGAUUUGGCGCAGAUGGAGUGUGUGUUGUGUGGUGAGGCGGCCAUUCUUGAAGUUGAUAUCCCCCUUUUUGUCGAGGACCCCUCGUGGUCAGUGGAGUAG